AGGCAGGCAGAGCUGUACAACCAUAAGAUAAGAUCAAAGCAUUGACUACCUCAUUGACUUCACCUCUAUUGUUUACUAUAAGUUUACUAUAACCGACCCUCUGCCUCUGCCACUUCCUCAAAUCUUUAUCUUUCUUUACUUGUAUUCUUGUUUUCCCAUUCAAUCUUUGCUCCCAAAAUCAACCUUUUCCUUUCUUUAUAUUGCUUGGGGAAGCAGAAAUGGAGGAGUCUAACAAUUAUGGCCACCAACAUCCCCUGCUUCUUAUCUCGAAUCAAGACCAGCUGAUCCACAAUCAAAGUGAUAUAACUGAUUGCUCGAGGUGUGCGGAAAAGGUGUCUACUCCAUGUUUAUGCUGUGCGGAGCACUGCGGGUUUUACCUUCACAAGGUAUGUGCCGGCGCACCUUUGGAGCUUAAUCACCCUUUUCAUCUCAACCAUCCUCUUCUUCUUAUGCAAAAUGCACCUUAUUCAUCUGGACGGUACAUUUGCAAUUUUUGCGGUAAACGCGGUUAUGAUUUUGUUUAUCACUGCUCUUGCAAUUUUGACUUUCAUAUUAAAUGUGCUUUAUUUACAUUUAAUAUUGCUGAGAAUAACUUGAAAGAGCUUGAGCAUGUUCCCCUUCAACAUCCUUUGAUUUCCACUGAAAAUGGUGAUGAAAAACUCAAAGAUGCUGCUAAGUGCUUUGGGUGUUGGGAACCAUUAGCAAAGUAUACACACUUUUCUCCUGACUGUGGAUUUAAUUUACAUGAAAAAUGCGCUAAGCUUCCUUUCAAACUGGAUCAUAAGUGCCAUCACAAGCAUCCUCUUACUCUACAAUUUACUAGCGAACGACUCUCUUGCAAAAUAUGCAGAGAAAACAAUGAAAAGGCUAUAGGAUUUGUUUAUGGCUGUUCUCCGUGUAAGUUUGUUGUUCACAUUGAAUGUCUAUCAGAAUCUUUAGAUCUUGUUGUUGAAGAUAAAAGGCAUGAACAUCCUUUCACUUUGUUACUAAGAGGAUCAUCAUUCAUUUGUGAUGCAUGUGGUAUUGAAGGAAAUUACGCUUCCUACAUAUGUUGUACAUGCAACACUAUGGUCCAUAAAAAGUGCACUUCGGUGCCACGCAUCAUCAAAAGCAAGUGGCAUGAUCAUCGCCUUUUUCACAAAUAUUUCCUGCGCAUAGAAGAUUUUAGAGUUUUGAAUUGCAUAAUGUGCAAUGAUGAAGUCAGUACAGACCAUGGUAAUUACUAUUGUUCAAAGUGCGAUGUUAUAUUCCAUGUGAAGUGUGCACUGAAGGAUAAAGAUUCAUAUGAAAUAGUAGAAAAUGAAGAUGAGGAAUCUGCUGAUGUUAGCUCCAUAACCAAGGUUCUUGGAUGGAAUGAUGCUGGAGAAGCCACUGUACUAGAGCAUAUCAUGCAUAUUCACCACUUAACGUUAAGUGACAGAGUAAGUGAAUAUGUUAAUAAAUGUUGUGAUGGGUGCUUGUUACCGAUCUCGAAUUCAUUUUACUACUGUACACAAUGUGAUUUCUUUCUCCAUAAAGUUUGUGUCGAGUUACCGAAGGUAAAGCAUGUUUGGUAUCAUCAUUGCCAAUCACAACUAGUCCUUACUUCAAACGAAGUAUUUUGGUGUGAAGCAUGUGGUUUCUUGUCCAAUGCUUUUUCCUAUAAAUGUGAAGAUUGUAAGGUACGUAUAUGCCUUCCAUGUAUAAUUGCUCUUACACCUGGUUCUCGCAAAUAUCGAGGACAUAAACACCCUAUUUUUUUCUACCAUAAAAAUAAAGGGGGAUGUGUUGCUUGUGGUCGUGAUUUCAAUGGGUUGUGGUGUUGUAAGGAAUGCAAUUUUUCUCUAGAUCAUAAAUGUUAUUCGUUGCCUAUUACAUCCCAUCACAAAAGUGAUAAACAUCUUCUUUCACUCACUUAUCAUGAUAAUAACAGUUAUUCAGAGAGCCAUUUUUGCGAUAUUUGUGAAGAACGUCGAAAUCCAAAUUUUUGGUUUUAUCAUUGUGCAAUAUAAGUUACUUCUGCUCAUGUUAAUUGUGUCCUUGGUAAAUAUCGGUACCUCAAACUCGGGAGUAUCAUUGAAGAACCUAAGGGCAUGCAUGAGCACCCUCUCACUGUUGUUAAGAAGAUUUAUUACUAUCCAAACUGCAGUAACUGUGGUAAGCCCUGUUUAGAUUUAGCUUUGGAAUGUACUGGAUGCAACUUCAUUGUCCAUGUUAGAUGUCCACCAUAACAAUUUACUUCCUCAUAUUCGGAGGACUAAGGUGGCAUUUAGGUGACUAUAGUUCAAAACUACCACUUAUCUUUUGCGGAGAACACAGAGUAUGGUCACUUGUAAUGGUGAUUGUAAUUAUUAUGCAGACUAGGGUUUUGUAUUGUAAGGGAAGCAUGUUUUGACUUGGAA